GUAAACGUUAGACUCGUAUUUUAUUCGAUAAAUCAGAGCGUUCGAAUUAUCGCCCCUUUAAGCACCUAUGGGGUCAGGAUAAUAUCCUUCGAGCUAACGCUCUAAAAGGUCUUACUGAAUUUACUGGAAUUCUAAGCUUCUUUCUGCUCAGAAGUAAAAUCACUCAAGGCUCCGAGUCGUAGCUAUUAAAUAAGAGCAUCAAUUGUUGAUAGUUGCUAACUGAAGCUAAAGGCGUGUUAUUAACGUAUAUUAGCUAAUAAACACUAGUUAUUAACACGAUAACUGAAGCAACGCAUGUCCACUCAUAAAUCCUGCAAUUUUAGACUAAUGUUAAGUAUCAAUAUCGAGAUAAUCUAAAAAGAAGCGAGAAAUCUGUUUCUUUGAAUAAAGCUAUACGAGUUGUUUUUUUUAGCCCGGGCGCAGGGGGUUGUGUUCCAUUGCUUGGCCAUGGUGAAUUAGUGCCUUAUUAAUCUGUUCUCCUACCACCCGCUUAGACGAUUUAGCCCUCUAUUAAUUAUGAUUAAGCCCGCUAAAAGAUUUUUAAUCCAGUGAUAAGCUCCUCAGAAUAUCGAUAAAAGUGAACAAAAGUUGACGCGGUCGCCUAUAGAGUUAUGACAAUGAUAAUGAAAUCUUGAUUUGUGUUUUUAUUUACAUUCAUACGUGACAUCCAAAAAGGGAAAGAGUAUGGCGAACUCAUAGAAAGCCCUUGUUAAAUGGCUUUCUUCGCCAUUUACGAAAGAAGGAAGCCUUAAAAAAACGAACAGCCGAACAAAGCAGAACAUCUCCUACUUGGACACAAGCAAGGCCAUACCAGAGUUACACCCUUACUUUGUAGCCUUUGGAGCUUUAGGACGAGAAAGUCUCCCGACUUCUGCAAUUACAGCAUUCUCAAAGGCUUACUAUUUACUCCAGACGUUUCCCUUAGAACAAAAGAAUGCCAUGGAUAGCAUAUCAAAACAAACGUAAUCCUCUUUCCGUAGAACGUCACGUCCGAGUGUGCUUUUUUUCUGCUAGCGAUAUUGAAAGUGUUUGUUCACAAGAAUUACCUUGCGAUGUUAAUCUGUCGCUGCAUAACGUAACUUCAUAUCCACCUAGAUUCGACCUGUAACCCAUAUAGUUUAGAGUUGUUAGCUUUAAAUACACACGGUUAACAGGAAGCUUAUAACUCAAACGGAUGUUCUGUUUUUAAAACGUGUUUCUCUAGUUAUGGAAAAAUAGUGCAAAAAAAAAAAACGCAAAAAAAGCUAAAAUGAGCUAAUGAAUACACCUAGUUUGUGUCAAGGCUUUAUUUUAUGAGCUUUGUGAAAAUUAACAUCAGAAUGCGCGAGGAGCAUGCUGGGGCAGGGAAUACCAAUACACCGCAGAGAAGAGAAUACAUAAGAACCCAAGAUGACUUUAGAGCAUUGGAGUGUUUGAUGUUGACUUUGAGCAAAGAGAGAUAAAGCGUGUCGGAAAAGAGGGAUCAGAAAACGCGACACGCGCGACGUUGUCGGGGGGAUAAGGCUAGGUGUUUGGGGUUUUACACAUUUUAAUCCAACACAAUAGAACAUAAUUACACUAAUUACAGUGUUGCGAAAUCGUGCAUGAUACAGGUAUCCCAACCAUCCAAAUGAUCCCUAUUGUCGCUUGGACUUACUACUGUGCCUUUCCGGUAAUAACAUAUAAACAAGGCAAGUACACAAUAAUAAUAAUAUAUUUUCUUAACAACCUGAAUGAUCCCUACGUGUAGAGCACUCGUACAAUAAUCGAGCAUAUUCGGGUGCUCGGCAGUACAGCACUCGUACAAUAACCGAACAUAUUCGGGUGCUCGGCAGUAGAGUACUCGUACAAUAAUCGAGCAUAUUCGGGUGCUCCGCAGUACAGCACUCGUACAAUAAUCGAACAUAUUCGGGUGCUCGGCAGUAGAGUACUCGUACAAUAAUCGAACAUAUUCGGGUGCUCGGCAGUACAGCAUUCGUACAAUAAUCGAGCAUAUUCGGGUGCUCGGCAGUAGAGUACUCGUACAAUAAUCGAGCAUAUUCGGGUGCUAGGCAGUAGAGUACUCGUACAAUAAUCGAGCAUAUUCGGGUGCUCGGCAGUACAGCAUUCGUACAAUAAUCGAACAUAUUCGGGUGCUCGGCAGUGGAGUACUCGUACAAUAAUCGAACAUAUUCGGGUGCUCGGCAGUACAGCACUCGUACAAUAAUCGAACAUAUUCGGGUGCUCGGCAGUACAGCACUCGUACAAUAAUCGAACAUAUUCGGGUGCUCGGCAGUACAGCAUUCGUACAAUAAUCGAACAUAUUCGGGUGCUCGGCAGUACAGCAUUCGUACAAUAAUCGAACAUAUUCGGGUGCUCGGCAGUACAGCACUCGUACAAUAAUCGAGCAUAUUCGGGUGCUAGGCAGUAGAGUACUCGUACAAUAAUCGAGCAUAUUCGGGUGCUAGGCAGUAGAGUACUCGUACAAUAAUCGAACAUAUUCGGGUGCUCGGCAGUACAGCAUUCGUACAAUAAUCGAACAUAUUCGGGUGCUCGGCAGUACAGCAUUCGUACAAUAAUCGAACAUAUUCGGGUGCUCGGCAGUACAGCACUCGUACAAUAAUCGAGCAUAUUCGGGUGCUAGGCAGUAGAGUACUCGUUCAAUAAUCGAACAUAUUCGGGUGCUCGGCAGUAGAGUACUCGUUCAAUAAUCGAACAUAUUCGGGUGCUCGGCAGUAGAGUACUUGUGUAUGUCAUUCAUGCAGAUAAUGUGAUAAGGCAAAUUUUGGCAAAUAAAGUGACUUCCAGAGGCUCGCGUAAUAGAAAACUUAAUUGUAGAAAUUCAAUUUAAAGUGAAAAAGAUUUAUAUCACCAAAUUUGCGAUCAAAUGAUAAGAUGCUCGAAUUAUAUUGGAAUCAAAGAACGAGAAACAUGAUAGCAAUGGUAAGGACUCCUGUUGUUACCACAUGAUAGCGAAAAAAAAACAUACAAGCGGCUAUCUCAUCUUAGUUUCUAUUUCUCCGGAUCCUUCAAGUCUAGAGAUGCGAUUCAGGUUGUCAAACUGCGUGUUGUCAAAUGAAGAAAGAAGAUUGUCUCUACAAAUGUCGAGUGCACUUGGCCUGUAGCGAAAUAAUACACCAAAAACUGUUAUUCGACUCUGCCAAGUUUUCGUCAGACUUCUUCAGGGCUAGGGUAGACUAAGGGGCUGUAGCGACAUGCAAAUAUUACCUCGCUUUCUGGGCGUUUUUUUAUCUCAUCGGAUUGCCUGACUGGAUGUCAAUUGGACUACGCAUUUGUAUGAGAUCGUCUUUGUAAGAGAUCGUCUUGAUAGGAACCUUUCCUUUCUGAGCAGGUGUAGGUAGACACAAUUGACAUAUGAGUAAAAGUAAAGCCCCACGACAUCCGGGGUUCUUCAUACAAUGUUUCUCAAUAGGAUCCGUUCCAAGCAAUAAGGUGAUCUAAGUUACGGGACCGAAGUAAAGUAUACAGAAUUCCCGCUGCGGAUUAAAGAGUUGGCGAGGGUCAAAAGGGAUUCAAGACACAUCCGUUCCUUGGCAGGGUGUCAAAAUAAUCGUGUAAUCAUUGAGCCAAAAAGAGAUAUCUUUAAUUUGACAGACGUCCAGGGAUAUGAAUUGAGAGUGUGCCUCUUAGAAACCACUAAAAUAAUCACCGAGAACAUUACGCGUGAUACGGAUGGCGCGAUCCACUAAUUGGUUUGACGUUUGAUCUGGAAGUGAUACGAUCUGCGCGACCUUCACGCGACCUUCACGCGACCUUCACGCGUCCCCCGGUUUAGAGCGCAUAAAAUGGAAAAGUUGAAUCUGACGCUAAACAAUACGGAUGCUAGUAUCAUGGAAUCGAACGAGGAGGGAAAAAUCUUCAAAAUUGUCUUCUACAUUUUUUUGUUCAUCUUCGGUACGAUUGGGAACCUCUUAGUCAUGGUAGUCAUCAAGUCAAGAAAAAAGCGAAGUGUCAAUGAUUUCUUCAUUUUCAAUUUAGCAAUUUCGGACUUGACGUUUGUUUUGGUCUCUCUACCGUUUUACACGUACGAGCUUUUUCUACGGUUCGACAAGUUUGGGUUCUACUGCAAGGUGGUGUGGCCCAUGAUGUCGGUCACACUCUGCGUCAGUAUCUUUACUUUGACUUUCAUGUCCGUGGAGCGCUGCCGAGCAAUCGUUUUCCCCUUAAAGCCUCGCAUCAAGAGAACCUCCGUGCUCAUCGGCUUAUCAACGGUCUGGGUCGCUUCCCUUGUGUGUAUUCUACCACUCAGCAUCGUCACAAGUGCUGAAGGUGAGCUAUGCAUGGAGAGAUGGCCGUCUGAAGGACACCGAAAGGCAUAUACGAUCGCACUGUUCGCCAUUCAAUAUGCGAUACCUCUACUUAUCAUCGCAAUGGCCUACAUCACCAUCGCUAUUAAACUCGUUCGGACUGAAGUCCCGGACAGAACUUCUGUGAAUAAUAGAGGGCAGAUUGUUAAGCGCCAGAGUAGAAAGGAGAAUUUCCAUAUCAUCCGUACGGUAGCUGUCAUAGUGAGCCUGUUCUUGGUGUGCAUGUUACCUAAUCAGAUCGCGUGGCUGUUGUAUGAUUUUGAGGGGGAGGAACAGGCGAAGUUAUUCUGGAGUUUCGCUGAGGCUCUUAUUUUCUUGCACUCAUGCGUUAAUCCUGUCAUCUAUGGCAGCUUGACGAGGCAAUUCCGCGAAGGAUACAUAAGGUCACUUCAUUACGUUUGUUGCUGUGGAAAACCGCUGAAACGCGCACCUGACUUCUCGGAUUUCCGAGAAACCCGUGACGUCACGAACCAGCACCACGAAAGAAGCAAUCAGAGCUCUUUAAAACAGUCCAAUGUUCUAACGCGCUUAAAAAGAACUUCACAGCACCUCAGAGAUUCUAGAUUGAACCAACGUGACGCCACUGCCACCUCACCGAUAGCCACGCCCCCUACGCCGCGUGGGGUUAAUAAGGUUUAUAAGUCUAGUAAGGUUAAUAAGUCCAGUGGGAAUUUGGUGAGGCUGCACAUAGCUGGCACAGCCUCAAAGGUGCCGGAGCGCGCGCGCGAGGAGCAGGCCUCUCCGACGAUUGAACAUUCGAACCGAUGGAUUAAGCCAUGGACGGACUCGAUCGCAGACGAGUGUCCGCAUUACGAGGUCGCGGAAAUCCGCGCAAAAAAUGGUAAAUACGCAUCCAUUAUCGGGUCAAACGGGAAGUCUGCAAAACAUCAUUCAAACGGUAACGCGAUAACCAAUAACUCUAAAGAAUGCAAAGGAAAAGUUAAGGUAUCAUAUAGUGAACCUAACCUUCAGUCAAGCUGGAGAUCUGCCUCGCAGAAGAAAUCGAGUACAGAUUAUGCUUCUAGGGACGAUUUGAGGCGAUCAUUAAAGCGAAGGCGAAAGAGAUCGGCGAGAAAUAACAGCGCGGAUGGAUGCUUAAAUUCUUCCUUUAUGAACUAUGGAGUGAUUAUUGACGAGGAUGGGCAUUAUCACUCGGAUCCUGUUAAUAUCGCUGACAUCGGGAUAGUGUUCCAGAUAUCUAGGGUGUAGUCGCAGGCCGUGUCCAAGAUAAGAAGGUUUAGUCUCAGGCCGUGUACAAGAUAAGAAGGUUUAGUCUCAGGCCGUGUACAAGAUAAGAAGGUUUAGUCUCAGGCAGUGUACAAGAUAAGGAGGUUUAGUCUCAGGCCGUGUACAAGAUAAGAAGGUUCAGUCGCAGGCCGUGUACAAGAUAAGAAGGUUCAGUCGCAGGCCGUGUACAGGAUAAGAAGGUUUAGUCGCAGGUCGUGUACAAGAUAAGAAGGUUUAGUCUCAGGCCGUGUACAAGAUAAGGAGGUUUAGUCUCAGGUCGUGUACAAGAUAAGGAGGUUUAGUCUCAGGCCGUGUACAAGAUAAGAAGGUUUAGUCUCAGGCCGUGUACAAGAUAAGAAGGUUUAGUCUCAGGCCGUGUAAAAGAUAAGAAGGUUUAGUCUCAGGCCGUGUACAAGAUAAGGAGGUUUAGUCGCAGGCCGUGUACAGGAUAAGAAGGUUUAGUCUCAGGCCGUGUACAAGAUAAGAAGGUUUAGUCUCAGGCCAUGAACAGGAUAAGGAAGUUUAGUCUCAGGCCGUGUACAAGAUAAGGAAGUUUAGUCUCAGGCCGUGUACAAGAUAAGGAAGUUUAGUCUCAGGCCGUGUAAAAGAUAAGAAGGUUUAGUCGCAGGCCGUGUAAAAGAUAAGGAGGUUUAGUCGCAGGCCGUGUACAAGAUAAGAAGGUUUAGUCGCAGGCCGUGUACAAGAUAAGGAGGUUUAGUCGCAGGCCAUGUACAAGAUAAGGAGGUUUAGUCGCAAGCCGUUUACGAGAUAAGGAGAUUUAGGCUCAGAAUUAUCUCUGUUUUGACUACCGAGACAAUCUUCCGUUUACAGCUUUUGCAUAUUCUUCUGGAAUAAGCUAAACUCAAGUUUACCAAAAAGUUUUGUAACAUUUUCUUCGAGUCCAACUGUAAUGUGUGAUAUUUAUAUUGAAGAAACUCGCCUGCCCAGAUGUCUUGAAAUUUAUCCCACAAACAAGUGAAAAUUCGUCUUUGCUACGGUUGCUGUUCACUCUUUUAAGUGACAUUUUAGGUGAUUGAAAUUGAACAGUUCUUUUUUUUUUCAAAGAGGAGAACUAACCAGAGUUUAAAUCAUAAUUUGCGACAAAAACCAUGCAAAGCAUAUUGACAGCUUUCGCGCGAUGGUACGGGUUUAGGCAAAGCGCUCACGCAUGCGCAACGAAAACAUGGCAGAGGUCUCUUUUCUUCGCAAACGAAAUACAGAGAAAGCCCAGCGAAAUACAGAGAAAAGAGGCCUCUGCUAGCAGGGAAUAUUGUUCAUAGAUUUGUCCCCGAAAAUAGUCUGAAAUUUUGGUUUUCCUAGCGGUUAAAAGUAAUUCGCGGAUCAAUUUUUUAUUAUAAACGGUCGUUCAGCUCUCCUGCUAAUAGAGGUCACUCGUAACUGGUCGGCCUAUCAAAAUAAUCUCUGAUCCGGUAUGAAAACAGAUCCCUUGCCCCUGCCAAGGGCGAUCCGACAUUAAUGAGGGAUCGAUGACCGAUGAUCGGAGAUACGGACAGAUGUGCACACAAUGUUUAUCAUUAAAAUAAGCCUGUCGACUUAGUAGUAGAAGGAGUAGGUAAAACACCAAGCUGUUUUUGUAAAUAUCCCUAAUUAUAUAACUAAUAUUUAUGAUGAAUCUGAGUACAUAAUGUUUAUCGAUAGCAUUCUUUUGCAAGUGUUAGGAAUAACCUUUUUCAGUUGAUGAAAAUUUUGUAGAUUAUCCAAUGGAAUAAACCAAAACAGGGUUGAUUUGCCUUAUGGAGACUUCUCGUUAAGGUUUCGUUAGUUUUUUUUGUCCAACGAAGUAUUAACGCGUAUAUCUUCAGCGAAACUACAACUACUCGCUCUUACAAAGGAUUAAACGUACCAACUCAA